GUAGCGUUGCUGUGCUGCGUGAUCUGCGCGCUGCGUGGAUGGAGGAAGCAGCUGCGGAUGUGAUCUCUGACACUGUGAGAGACUGAGACAGACAUCUGAACACACGAUUCCUGCCAUACUGCUACUUUGCAGGCAUCGCUUGCAUGAAUGUGAAAGGCUUCGCGAAGUAAAUGGGAGCAGUGACUGAUAGCUCGAGCAGCCAGCAUGGCAGUUCUAUAGCGGACAACAUGUACUGUACUUCCCCCAUUUGUUCUCCGAGCUCUAGCGUUGCGUUAUGGAAUGACCUACCUGGUUUAAUGGGUCCAAUCAUCGGGAUGUCGCCGGAUAAGAAAGCGGAAACGCCGGGCAUGCAGGAAGAGAGGGUGGGGCUUAGGGGCGUAUGCGGGGGGGCGGGGACUCUCCCGGAGGCUGAGUGCGGUGCAGCCAGCCCAUUGGCCACCAGUCUGGACCGGGGUUCCGGUGGCUCCGAGGAUGAGGAGCUCACCAACCUCAACUGGCUCCAUGAGAACCUGCUCCAGAACUUUACCCUAGGGGGGCCCGGCGUGGCCGGGGGGGCCCAACCCAGCGCCAGCCCACUCUUUGACAUCGAGGGUGACCCCGGAGCCCCUCAGAACCCAUCUUCUUCAUCCUCUUACUCCUCGUCGCAGAGGGACUCGUUGAAGUCCAAGCCUCCAUUCUCAUUCUCUCUGUUGAUCUACAUGGCCAUAGAGCAGAGCCCCAGUAAGAGCCUGCCGGUGAAGGACAUCUAUGGUUGGAUCCUACAGCACUUCCCCUACUUCUCCUCGGCCCCCACCGGCUGGAAGAACAGCGUCAGACACAACCUGUCACUCAACAAGUGCUUCCGCAAGGUGGAGAGGAGCCUGGGAAAGGUGAAUGGUAAGGGUUCUCUGUGGUGUGUGGACCCAGAGUACAGGCCUAACCUGAUCCAGGCCUUGAAGAAGCAGCACUUCCCUGCAGCUCAUACCUUCUGCACACCGCCCGCCUCCCCACCCAGUGCCUCCUCACCCCCCAGACACCUCUUUCUGCAGGGCUGCUCCUUCAAAGAGUCUGACAUAGAUGCUGCCACUGCCAUGAUGCUCUUAAACUCUGCCCCUGAUCAUCACCACGCCGACCCAUGUGAUCCAGACAGUCCCCUGGACCUGUCCCGGCCAGACAUGGUCCUGGUGAGCAGCGAUCCUAAGCAGGACCACAACUACAGCAGCAUGGCCCUGCAGCGCUGCUCCUCCCGCUCCUCCUCCUCCUCCUCCCUCUCCUCCCUGGACGAAGGAGGCCCAGGCCACGCCAUGCCCCGCCCACGCCGUUCCGGCAGCGAGGGUUUCCAUAGCGACGAGGACUCCGACCUCGGGGACCGGGACGAGAGGGGUGGCCACCCCCGGCCUGCUCCUCGCCGCCCCUCCCCCUCUUCCUCCUCGGUGAAGCGCCCGGCGGGUAAGAGGGCGCAUAGGGAGGUGACAGCCAAGCCGGAGCUGGAUGAGGAGCUGAAGGAGGCAGCCGGGUCUCUGCUUCACCUGGCUGGGAUCCGUACCUCCAUGGAGCUCAACAAACGCAGUGCCAAGAGCAAAAAACUGAACAGGAAAUGAGGUCGUCGUACCACCUUGCUCUCACUGCCCUCGCCCUCAGACUCCCGCCCCUGUAACCCCUGAUCUGAUUGUGUGUCCUACUGAUAGGUCCAGGUUGUGCCUCCUCCUCCUUUUCUGAUUGGCUGAUUUUGAGCCAGUUUUUUGGUUUGACACAUGAUGGGAUGGGAAAUCCCUCCCUAUCCCAACACAACAAAUGGCAAUAGUAUCAUUCACACACAGGAGAAUAAAGCCAUAUUGAGACUUUUGUAACUCGGGCAUGUCAGGUGGGGGGGUUAAGUGGGGUGCUUGGGGACUACUGUGAAGAACCUGUUUCUGAUGGCAUCGCCGCAGAUCCUCGCAAUUCAAAGGAUUUUCUUCUGGAUAAAAGAAAGACAAGACGGGAAAAGGCUUAAAGUUUUUAUAACUCAAAGCGUUGCAUGCUUCCUCCUCAACCUGUGUCAUCUUCCAAGUGAACCUAUUUCUAAGAGAAUGAGUGCAUGUCUGUAACAAACAACUAACCUCUCCUCUCAUGUUGUAGUCAGUUUCUCCCUUUUCCGUGCAAAAAAAAGAAAAAAAAGAUGCCACUGUUUUUUGAUAGGUGACAACCUUGGACUGGAAAUAUCAUACAAAGAGAGAUGCAAUAAUUGAUCCGUAACCUUAAACUGCUCUUUAUAUUAUUUAAUUUUUUCAAUGUUGGUCUUUUUCCUGGGUUGAUGACGACACUGGUGUCUAAAAACAAUAAAUUAUAGGGAAUGUAUUGAAGUAGUGAGAUGAUCGAUGGAACGGUCUGUUUAGAAUCUGAUCGGAACAAUCUUAUCACAGAGCAGAACACUGGACUGGUUCCAUGUCAGGAUUUAAUAGCAGGGAGUGGAAACAUAUCAAAGGAAAUGUUGGAACUCUGCUACUGCCAUGUUAAGAAGGGGAAUAAAACAAAGAUGACCGACUGUGCUAGAUUGGCACGGUCGGGAAGAGUCCACUCUCGUUUCCUACACUGAGGGGAAAACAUAAUUACAUCGUCAUGCCAUUAGAACAAACUCCUCUUCAUCACUUUUCUUCUGUGGCCUCUCUUAUUCUGUCAUACAUUAGUUAUUUGUGUAUUUAGUGUGUAAACUGAGAAAUAACACAUUUGAUACAGGCCCCUGUAUUUUUUAUUUCUUCUCUUGAUUUAUCCUACCCUACCCUAUCCUACAUCCUAUCCUAUCCUAUCCUAUGCAAGGUGUAGUGUAGACUAAUCUGGCUGAAACAUAGCGAAUGUUGUAACCAUAGUGAUCCCAAGAUGAUGCGCUUGCAUGAGAGCACUCACUGGCAGAUGUGCUGGUCAGUUUUCAAUCAUGUAAUACUAGUCACACCUACUAACGUUUUAGUAUUCAGGCCAAAGGGAAGUUAAGACAAGGAUUUAGUUGUUAUAAUAACGUUGUAGUGAGGUUAGAUUGACAAUAUUGUGAGAAUCCAGCCUGCUAUUGUACUACUGCCCCUCCUGAAUGCUCUGUUGUGUUGGCUGACCCUGUUGCAAAGUUCAGACUGUGUUGACAGAACGUGGCUUUGCUUUGUCUUGCUCCACAAUAAGAAAACAAAGGGGGAGGGUGGGCAAAAUAAGGAAGCACACCACUCUCUUCGCUCCGCUGUACAGUAGUGUGUUUACUGCCAGUUUAUUGCAUAGAGUUCAGUGACGGGAAGUACAGGAUGUUGCAACAGAACUUGCGAAAUGAAGAGGCCAGACUGGUUUUCUUUCGGGGCUUGCAUGCAUUAACUUGCAUUAGUAAGCAAAACGCCAAAAGCCCACAUGAUAGAAUCGCUUUUAGUUGGUUCACUGUAUAACAGUAUACUGCCCUCUGUCAUGAGCCAACUUAAGUGCAAGUUAACUUUCCACCUGUUUUGUAUAAUGUUAAAUUAAAUCACUUUCAUAAAUAUAGAUUGCAUGCAGUGCCAAACAUUAAUUUGUGCCAUUGCGACCAUGUUCCUCUUCUCACAGUUUUUGUGUGACUGACAGUAAUAUUGUUACCCUUGAAGCCUACUAACAGGAAAUGUAGGAGGACUCUGACCUUGUGGACUGACUUUAGUCUGACAUGCAGUUUAUUUAGGUUGUUCUGGAAUGGGAAUCGCUUUGUUCUUAGAAUGGGAAUUUUGUUCUUAGAACUAAACCGCAGUUCUCCUAAAUAAGAUGGACAUAGAAUACACUGUCUGUGAAUAAACAAAGAACAAAUUAAUGUUGCCCAUUUAAAUCAUCAAUUUAUUUAUUAUAAUUAAUUUAUAAUGGACGAUUGAAUGGAACUUCUUUCAAAUAAUGGUCAUUUGAAGCAAGAGGAAAGGUUACUUCCUCUCUCCCCUCUGGAAAAUCCUUUUGAUGACUUUUAUUUUGUUUUAUUAUAUUUUAUCAUAUUUUACUGCCAUAGACCAAUACGUUCACUAUGUGAUAUAGUGAUAAAGAUAUCUGUGUCAGAGAAAGUAUUUUGCCAAUGUAUUUUGUCUUUCGCGCAGGGCUUUUUCAAUUUAACCAUGACUGCCAAGUGUACCGAUGUUUUGUUGUUGAACUGGAUAGAAGAUAAUUGAUGAACAUAUUGAUCCUGAACCCUUUUUUGCCAACAGUGGUGUUGUACAGAGAAAGCUGACGUAGACAUUUCAGAUGAAUGGAUAUUCCCUAACUAUUGAGAACUUCUUCUCUGGAAAGUUGAUUUAAUCAUCAAACUUCACAAAUUAUCUGAAUUUGUAUUGUUUAUGUUUAUAUAAUAUUCUGACUGCCGUAAGUAGUCACACCAUAGAUAUUAGUUGGCACUCCUUCUCCAUGUUAGGAUCCUGCCACCAUAGAAGUCAUCAUCCCCACUUACUGCCACAAAAAAAAAAACAUCUGAGGGUUGCCCUGGUGUUAAAGUCUUGGUACCCCCAUGGACUUUACUUUAAACGUAGAUAGAUAGUUGCGGACAAUUUACAGUAACUUGUUCAUGCUGUAGCACUUGUAGCUAGAAGAAAGAUAUUUUCAGACUCAAAGUUUAAGUGAAUGUUUUUGAGAUGGAUCUUUAGGACUACCUGCAUGACAUGGGGCUCUAAGACUUGAAUACACACCGUGGGGUACCCCGGGGGUCUAUAUUGUUCACUUUACACAGUGAUACAUUAUGGUAGACUCUAAGCUGCAUACAUAGGAUUGCUUCAUUGUUUGAAAACGUGUUAUUGAAUAUUGAUUAUGCGAUUUUUCAAAAAUGCAGUUGCAAUUUAUUGAUUCUGAUAAAGCGUUUUGUGUUGAACUAACUAAAGCUGCCAACCCAGUAUCAGUCAGUGUCAGUCGUCUGCCAUGUCUGUUAGACACACCUUUUGGUUUUUGUAUGCUAACCUCUGUUAAUAAAAUGUUUAUAAAGUUUAUUUUCGCCAAAGAUAUGCAAUUGCAUUAUAUAUGGUAUUACAAAAUAAAAAAAUUAUUGUUUUAUCA